GGCGAUGAAGUAGAAAGCACACAGAAAACACAAAAUGGGAACGGAGGCAUAAUCCAAGGAAUAACGCAGCCAACACAAGAGAAGGGCACGGAUCAAUGACAUGGCAAUAAAUUUAAAUUCCCGCCUAAACCCCUGACCUCCCCUUGAUUUCAUUUCGUUUGCAAUUGAAUUUCAAUUUCCCUAGGGGCUUAAUAUCUCCCCUCAUUUGUGCCUAGCCUUAUGUCAUAGUAUCAUUUCCCUUAUCUUUCUCUCUCUCCCCCUCUCCACCCAAACCCUAACUCCCACCUCUUCCAUCAGCCAUGAAAGGAGGCAAGUCCAAAACCGAAUCUAAGAGAGCCGAUCCCAAACUUGCUGUGAAUAAGAAGGGUGCCGCCACCAAGGCUAGGAAACCUGCCGGCAAGGGGAAGGCAGCGAAAGACCCUAACAAGCCAAAGAGGCCUCCAAGUGCUUUCUUCGUUUUCAUGGAGGAGUUCAGGAAACAAUUCAACAAGGAAAAUCCUGACAACAAAGCGGUGUCCGCUGUGGGCAAAGCUGCUGGAGCCAAAUGGAAGUCGAUGUCUGAUGCUGAGAAAGCGCCCUAUGUGGCAAAGUCUGAGAAACGGAAAGUGGAGUAUGAGAAGAGCAUGAGGGCCUAUAACAAGAAACAGGCGGAAGGUCCUACUGGUGGGGAUGAAGAGGAAUCUGAGAAAUCAGUAUCUGAGGUGAAUGACGAGGAUGAUGAUGAGGAGGGCAGUGGCGAGGAGGAGGAUGACGAUUAAAAAGUGGAACUGAUAAUAGCAUUUAUGUAGGUUGUGAUGAUUUUGAUCAUCUUUUGUGGGUGGUCAGGUCGUUUCCUGAUAAACAUAUUUCUUGCUUCCAGAAAAAUAUUUCCAUGCUCCCUCCGUUAAUUUGUUUUGUAUUUGCAAAACGUGAAUAGUUGAAAGAAGGGAGUUCUUUAUUUGUACUUCUAAAUGCAACUGUUUAGUUAAGGGGUGUUUAUCUUUUGUAGAGCUUUUAGUUCGAUUUAGUUUUUAUUGUUGAGUUCUGGUUAAGUUUGUAUCAAUAUAAUUGGCUUAUCAUUCCCUUCCUUCUGUAUAUAUAUGCGAUCUUUUUAUUUC